AUGCCUUCGCUCAAGAAGUUUGACGCCAAUGUCAUCCGUCAUGUCAAGCUGAUGGACAAGAACUUGUGUGCUAACUUGAUCCGGAACGAGUACAUCGUCACCACUGUGACCAAGGCGAAGCGUGCCCAGCCCAAGAUCGAGCGGUUCCUCGCUCUGGCGUUGAAGGACAACCAGACGGUCAAAGGCGACACCGUGCUUGAUCGGGUGCUUGCCAACAAGCUGCUCAACUUCUUACAACCUCCGGAUAAGGUGGAAGUGGGGCUGAAAGUGAUCGAGGAGUUGGCUCAGCGGUACCCCGACCGAAAGCUGGGGUUCACCCGCGUGAUCAAGUUGGAACCCCGUUUGGGCGAAGAUAAGGCGCCGAUGGCGGUGCUUGAGCUUGUCGACCUGGGGCUCGACGUCAAGUUCUGGUACACUGCCAAGAUCGUGGCCCGUUUACAAUUACAAGGGUUGGAGUUGGACGACAUCACCAAACACAACAUGGAAAAGUUGAUCAAGUUCAAGGGCGAGCAAGCGUUCACCGACGCCGUCGAAGUCGCCAAGCGGGAGUUCUUCAAAGUGGGCGAAGACGGCGAGGUCACCGACGCCGACAUCAAGAAGAACUUGGAAAACACGCCCGCCAGCUUAGCCUACAACGGCGGCGAGCUUGCUGGUACCACGUUCGCGUCGAAGAAGUUCCCCACUAAGGCGAGACCGGAGAAGGAAGAGGCUGUCAUCCCCCCUUCGCCCUUUGCCCAAUAA